CCUUUUCCUCUCUUCCCAGUUCCAGCCGUCCGUCGAGCUUCGGUUUCUUUGUCUUUCUUCAUACCUAUCCCUGUUAUCUCCGUUGACCAACCUCGACGGCCUUCCUCCUGUCGACCACCACCGGACGCCUCGUAUUCACGGCUUUUCAUUCUUGCACGAUUGACUUUGUGGAUUGGCAGCCAUGGCCUGCUCACUUUGACUUCGAAAUCCUUGGCCACAGUAUCUACUGGCUUCAGGGAUAUCGAAGUCGUCCUCAAAGCCGUGCGUUUGGCUGCUUUCGGUCAAAGGAAGGGGGGAAAAAAAUUGAAAAAGAAAAGAGGAAAAAAAAAAAAAAAAGGCCAUCUGCAGCUCGCAUUGACAUUGUCUACCAGUGCACCGUUGUCCUGACGACCGAUUUCGUAAUACGCUCCCUCUGACACUUCUUCUCUCCACGGACACCAUUUCGUCGUUAUCUUCCAUCCUCUCAAAUACUGCGCUGAGGACUAGACUAUAAGCAUUCUUCUACUAAGUUGGAAGCAUGGAGCAAUCGUCGCCGCUGGCUGCCAUGCAGCCUCCUUCAGUGAUGCUUCGGCAUCAUUUCCGUUCAGAGGCUAAGGCAGGAUGUUCAUCGUUUCCUGCUGUGCGAAAGUUUGGGCCGGAUAGUUUUAAUUUUAGGGAUCUGUCCAUGAAGACGGGACACUCCGAUUAUUUCAACACGAAAGCUCUGAGAGGGUCUUCUCCAACAGUUAGCUUGGCAGCUGACCUUUCUCAGAAUUUUCACAUUGAUAAAAGUCCUCAGCUAGCAACGCCCCGAAGAUCCCUCUUCACGGCGAGCUUGUUUGGUCCUGAAAAUGGUCGUGACAACAUGACUACACCCCCGUUACCAUCGUCCUCGCCUGCCCCGAAUAUGGAAAUCAUGGAUAUGUCUCCUUUGCCUCACAAGAUACCAUACUGCCAUAACGCAGACUUGGAUCUAGAUUCCCCCACGACUGAGAUUUCUUUGGCGAAGUCGCAGCAAGUUCAUGCACAGCUUUCGUUAGAGGAUUCACCCAUGGACCUGGAACCGCCUGGACGUCCACAGAGACACAAGCCACCCAUUCUGAGGCCUUCUUUGAUGCGUUCUAAAGCUUACUCCUCUGGUGAUAAGGGCUCACUUGCGCCCCAACCACCACCCUUUAGAUUCGCAGCUGGCAGCAGUAAGCCGACCGCUUGUUCGUCUCUUUCUCUUUCUGAGAUGUUUGAACAAUCGCCUCCUCGAGAAUCAUCCCCAAGGUUUUUGACGUCUAUUUCAAUGGGCCCACCCCGUCCCCGUGCUCCUUUUUCUGGUGUGGUCGGGCAAUGCCGAUCAAAUGGCUCACCAGUAAACGGUAUACGCAAGAGCUCCAAUCCCUUUUGCCGACCUAGGAAACAAAGUAGAAGGUCACUCAGCAUGUUCGAGCACCCCGAAGAUAUUGUGAACCAGGAAGAGGACACGAUCAUGUCCAGCCCGGGCCUUCAACCCAUCGCGGAUAUUGACAGCCAACCAACACUACAGCUGCCGCAUUUUAUCCCAGAAGAUGGACCGGACCAGCUACCUCGCGUGGAGAGUAGUGUCUUAGUCGACAUAAUUAAUGGUAAAUAUAAUGAUUGCUAUGAUAAAAUAAUGAUCAUUGAUUGCCGUUUCGAAUAUGAGUACGAAGGUGGGCAUAUAAAUGGAGCUGUCAAUUACACAGACAAGGAACAUCUUGCCGCGGAACUCUUUGACCAAGAGCCGAAACCAAGUACGGCUUUGAUAUUUCACUGUGAAUACUCCGCUCAUCGCGCUCCCAUCAUGGCCAAAUAUAUUCGACACAGGGAUCGUGCAGUCAAUGUUGAUAUAUACCCCAAGCUGACCUAUCCGGAGAUGUAUAUUCUGAAUGGUGGAUACAGCUCAUUCUUUGCAGAGCACCGUGCUUUAUGCUACCCGCAAAACUACGUUGAAAUGUCAGCCAAAGAACACGAGUUCGCUUGUGAGCGUGGACUAGGCAAAGUCAAACAACGCUCCAAACUUUCUAGAGCCCAAACUUUUGCAUUCGGACAGAAUUCGCUUCAGAUUGAAGAAAGUCCGACUGGACGAUGCCGGCCUGUCGGUGAUCGUAGCUGUGACCCUGAUGCCCCCUUUGACCGCGACGUCGAGGUUACGCGGCUUCCUGGACGCCGCAUGUUCUCUUAUUGAGUUUUACCUUUAAGUCGUACCUUGUUCUGACAUAAAAAGGUGCUCCAUGAUUUACGGACUUUAUGCACCUUAACUUACCCAUCGUUGCCUGCCCGGUGUGGGUUACGAUAUCCCAAAGCCACCACUCUUUCACCCAUAUUUUCCUUUGUCUUCUCAUACCAUUUCUUACGAAGCUUCCCGCGAUUUCCUUAACGACCCCGACUGUUUUCAUUCCGCUGCCUUUGGGACAUUGCCGUCGGCGGAGUGACGAAUAGUUCAUGAUUUUAAUUUUAAUCCACGGCAUUACGCCAUCAACAAGCGCUCCUGCGAAUCCUCGGCAGCUCCUAUCGAUAUCUCACAAAAGGGAUCAUUUCAGCAACCCCCAACGAUGCAGCGAUAUUGAUCAAUAUUUUAGCCCAAUUAGCAUCUCACACAUCGCAUUUCGCCAUCGGUUUUCAUGAUAUGACCUCACCUAUUGUUUCCUUUGUAUUUCAAAAGCUUUCCCUUGCUUUCCUUCGCAUUUCCCUAUCUUGAGUCACCGAAAUUUUCUUCUUACGGAAUACGUCGAGAGUACAACCGUCGGAUACUAGCUUCUUUCCUGAGCGCUCCCUUUCUUGUCUGCCUGGAUAAGCAUCCAACUUUCCACUUUUUGACAUGUCGGAUAGGGCAGACUCCUGCGGGUAUGUUCAGCCUCUUAUUCCUCUGAAUUUCUGGUUCGAGUAUCGGCGUUGGAGGCCAUUUCCAUUUUUUUAGCCAGUGCGAGCAACACGUCGUGCCAACACAGGUUUGAACUAUCCAUUUCUUUCUUGUCAUGGUAACAAUUGGGACAGUCUGGUGGGCUGUUACGAAACUGCGUGAUCGGUUUUUGCCAGGCUUAUGACAUUGCAUGUCUGACAGAUUUCCUUACUUCAUCCCUAUAAACAAUACUUCAAAAUAGAAAUAUGAAAAAAAGAUCAAAACUUUUCUCAUA